AUGCGUCUACUGAAACACAAUAUUCGUAAACAAAAACAAAAUACUACUACUUCUAUUAAUACUACUACUACUACUAAUAAUAAUAAUAAUAAUAAUUGUAAUAAUAAUAGUCAUGACACUUCUUCUAUUCAAUCUAUUAAACAAUCUAAGCCUAGAAAGGUUUCUGAUGAAAUUAAUAAGAAAUAUUCAUCUCUCUUGAAGAAAUUAUGGGAAAAUGAAAAAUUACUUGAUAAGUAUAAUCUAAGUGAAGAAGUAAAGACACUUCUUAAUACUCGAAUGCAUUUAUGGUUAGAGUAUUAUACAAUUAAUCAAGCUAUGAGUUCUAAUCAUGACUCUGACUCAAACUCUAAUUCUAAUACAAAUAUCUUUGAAUAUAUUGAUAGCUUUUCAGAAAUAACUAGUUUUUAUAAUUGA